UAUACAUACUGUAAAAAUGAAAAACAAGCCAAUACCUGAAGGCUACAAAAUAUAUUCUCUAUGUGAAGCUGGAUAUAUAUAUACAUUUAUGUUUAGUUCUCAAGUUGAAGAUAAUAAGGAGUUAGAGUUAAUCACUAAUAUUAAUAAAGCUGGAUGCAUA